AUGGACGUGCUCGCCCACCAGGACCAAUAUUUAUCAGACAUGCACGCGCCGUACGACGCCUUCGACUUCGACGCCGCCGCCCCCAACAGCCCCAGCGCCGCCCACUUCCCGCACACGCCCUCCUACAACGGCUCCUACCAGAACUCGCCCUUCAGCGACGCCCACUCCGACCUCUCCUACGACCCCCACGACCUCAGCAUCGACAUCUCCGCCGGCCACUUCAUGAGCGCCAACGCCAACGGCAACGGCGGCGCGCUCUUCGAGGGCGCGGACGCCGCCGACGUCGGCAUCACCGUCGAGGGCCCCGGCUUCGACUACGACCCGCGCGACUACGACGGGCCCGGCGGCGGCACAGGCGGCGGCUUGUUGCUCUUCGGCACCGACUUUGGCAGCUCGCUGGAGAGCGGGGGGAACGAGGUCUCCGUUGCCGUCACGCCGCCCAUGGACCAGGGCUCCCCGCACUCGUUCGACCACUCCUCGCCAGCCUCGUCGUACGGCGAGGGCAACAGGAGCCGUGCCUCGUCGGUCUCGUCGCAGGGGCAUCACCAUCAGCAGUUUGACUCGUUUCAGCAGUCGAUGAUGUACGACCAGCGCCCGUCGCCUCCGCCGAACAAACCACAGAGCCCGCCUCAAUUGCUCAUCCCAGAGGGAUCACCGAAUAUGCCUGCCGGGAUGGGGAUGCCGACAAUCAAUGCUCCAGACGGCGAGGGCGGAGGCAUGGGCGGUCCCCAGUUGCACAUCGUCCCGGCAACCCCUGUUAGUGGAGGAGGUGUCGGGACGGCGGUGAACGGAUUCCAAGAAACACUGGAAAAUCUCAGCAAGGGCGCACCCUCCAACAGCUCGUGGCAGUCUCCGCCGCAGGACGACGCCCCCGACGGCGCAGCGAAUCUCAGCGUCCCCUUCGGCACAGCCUCCAGCGGAGGCGGUGCGUUCGUCUUCCCGAGGCCACAGCCCUCCCCGCGGACAGCCCCGCAGACCCUGCCAGUUAAUACCGACCCGCAGCCCCCACAAUCGACACCCAACACUAACACCAACAGCAACAACAAUAUUUCAGUCAACACGAACAACCUCGGCGCGUCGUCCUCGGGCAGCUACCUCCUCCCGCAGAGCCCGAGCCGCAUACGCAGCAAGAGCGACACGAGCCUGCGCCCACCGCUCUGGAGCAACGCGGGCAUGGGGCAGUAUUCGAUCCAGCAGCAGCAGUACCAGCAGGACGCGUCCGCGGUCGACAUCGACAUCGACGGCGCGGGCAUCCGCAUGGCGGACGUGUCCCCGCAGCACUCGCC